GGGAGGAUUCAAUUGAAUUGAGAAGUUUGAUUUCUUUCGUUUAUUAUCCUCAAUUAAUUCCAUCAAAUUCAUCAGAAGACACACUGCAAAAUCUAAUAUCAAUGGAGAAUUGUGAUCUUACAGCUACGGCUCGAGGCCGCUUGGCGGUGCUCUCAGCUCACCUCUCCGCUUCGCCUAAUCGAUCCGGCUCCUUCCUUGACUUCUCCGGCUGCUCUGCCGACGUGGCGCCGCCCACGAAUCUCAAAGGUACGUUGACCUUGAUUGAUGAGCGUACCGGGAUAAAGUAUCAGGUUCAGGUAUCCCAAGACGGCACUAUCAAAGCCACCGACCUUAAAAAGAUAUCCAUAGGAAAGAAUGACAAGGGGCUGAAGCUUUAUGACCCGGGGUACCUCAACACAGCUCCUGUUCGAUCUUCGAUUUGCUACAUUGAUGGUGAUGAAGGGAUUCUUAGAUACAGGGGGUAUCCCAUUGAGGAGCUGGCAGAGAAGAGUUCCUUUCUAGAAGUUGCUUAUCUUUUGUUGUAUGGAAACCUACCAACUGAAGGUCAGUUGGGAGAGUGGGAGUUUGCUGUUGCACAACAUUCAGCUGUUCCACAAGGACUGUUGGAUAUCAUACAGGCAAUGCCACAUGAUGCUCACCCAAUGGGGGUUCUUGUUAGCGCGAUGAGUGCUCUUUCUGUCUUUCAUCCAGAUGCUAAUCCAGCUUUAAGAGGGCAAGAUCUGUACAAGUCUAAACAAGUGAGAGACAAACAAAUUGUUCGCAUACUUGGAAAGGCUCCAACAAUUGCUGCAGCUGCUUAUUUAAGGAUGGCAGGGAGGCCACCUGUCCUUCCAUCCAACAAUCUCUCAUACUCUGAGAACUUCUUAUAUAUGCUUGACUCAAUGGGUGACAGAUCUUAUAAACCAAAUCCUAGACUUGCACGGGUUCUCGAUAUUCUAUUCAUACUGCAUGCGGAACAUGAGAUGAAUUGCUCUACUGCAGCUGCAAGACACCUUGCUUCGAGUGGUGUUGACGUGUACACAGCCCUUGCUGGAGCUGUUGGAGCUCUGUAUGGCCCCCUUCAUGGUGGAGCAAAUGAGGCUGUGCUCAAGAUGUUGAGUGAGAUUGGAAGUGUUGACAACAUACCUGAAUUCAUUGAAGGUGUAAAAAACAGGAAAAGAAAGAUGUCUGGUUUUGGACACCGCGUUUACAAAAACUAUGACCCACGUGCCAAAGUUAUCAAGAAACUUGCAGAGGAAGUAUUUUCAAUUGUUGGCAGGGAUCCUCUCAUUGAGGUGGCAAUAGCUUUGGAGAAGGCUGCACUCUCAGAUGAGUAUUUUGUUAAGAGAAAGUUGUAUCCGAAUGUUGACUUCUAUUCUGGGUUGAUUUAUAGGGCUAUGGGUUUCCCUCCGGAGUUCUUUACCAUUUUGUUUGCGAUCCCCCGAAUGGCUGGCUAUUUAUCUCACUGGCGAGAGUCUCUGGAUGACCCUGAUACUAAGAUAAUGAGACCAGCGCAGGUAUACACCGGCGUAUGGCUAAGGAAUUACACGCCACUGAAAGAGCGAACGCUAUCGAAAGAAGUGGAUAAACUUGGUCAGGUGGCGGUGUCCAAUGCAACAAGGAGGCGUUUGGCUGGAUUCGGGGCCUAGGAUUUUUCCAGAUGGAACGAGGAUUAUAGUACUGGGAACUUAUUCCAGGUGUCCUUGAAUCAUGGGUGUCAUGCUUUUAAGAGGCAUCUCAGUUUGAUUUUAUUAUGUGAUGCAGAUGGCCAUACAGCAUAAGUUGUAUUAAUAAACUUCACAGGAUGACAAUUGAGUUAUUGAACUGUACUAAAAAGGGUAUUACUUAAUUUCCUAACA